UGGGGGCGCGGCGCGCUGACGCCGGCGGCUCCGGGACGGUGUUGAGGUGGUGCGCGCUUGUGUGUGAGACCCGGGAGACCGGCGCCGGCAGUGGUGCGACGGGCGCGGCGUGGCAAGAGCUCGCUGCCAGCAGCGGAACAGGCGUCAGGGAAGAGGCCUCUCGAGAGCCAAGUUUGGAGGCCGGCGACAGGACCGCAGCACCAGGAGCCCAUGUAGCGAGGCCGGGUAGGCGGGUGCACAAGUGGGGCGCUGCCCGCCCGUGGCCAGUGCCCUCCCGCCGCCCCUGGGAAGAUAGCCCCACGCACUGGAGCGGGCUCUCUGCGCGAACCGAACAAUUCCGCCGAAGUCGCCGGCGGCCCCGGCGCGGGGCGGGACGCGAUAAGAGGCUCAUCGAAGCGUCGUUUUGCCGCCGCCGACGGGCGCUUUGUGUCGCCUUUCUGACGUCGCCAUUCUGCCGGCCUGAAAGGCGGCCGAAGUUGCCAAUAGAACUUAUCCACGGCGACGCUGACGCCACCCGAGACAGAUCCGAAACGACCAUCUCCUCCCACUUCCUCCCCGCUUUAUUAGCAUUCGUCGUGGGAAAUUAGUUUUUCCCGAAGAAAGGACGGCAGCGGUGGCGCUUUUUGAAAGGCUUGAAACUUGGCCAAGUGGGUAAUUAAUUGUCGUUGUGCCGCCGCGUCGGCGGGUGCGGUGGCGCGGCCGGGCUGUCGGUGACGCCACCUGCCGCCGUGUGAACCACCGGAGCUCUCCGCGGCCGUGCGGAAUCUGGGCCGCUUCCGGGAGGGGUGCCACCCGCCCCCCGCUCCGCCGUCGGCCGCGACGGUCUGCGCGACGCGAUGGAGCAGCAGGCCAAGAAGCUAAUCAGGCAGAACGUGCAGGCCUGCUGGAAUCUGACGUGGCUGGCCAAGAGGAAAAACAGCCACAUGAAGAGGAGCUCGUCGUGGCUUCCGCCGCUGGAGAACUGGCGCAGUGACGGUGGCCUGCCGUACGGCUGGGAGACGGCCGUCGACCAGGACGGCAAGAGCUACUACAUCAAUCACCUGAACCGGACGACAACGUACGAGGACCCGCGUCAGGAGGAAGAGCCGCCGCCGGAGCCUCGUCAGGUCACACUGCACCGGCACCCAGAGCUGGGCUUCGGCUUCGUCGCCGGCAGCGAGAAGCCCGUCAUCGUCAGGUUCGUGACAGAUGGCGGCCCGAGCGUGGAUAAGCUCAUGCCCGGCGACCAGAUCUGGCAGAUCAACGGCGAGGACGUUAAGCUGGCGCCGCGUGACCAGGUCAUCCAGCGGGUCAGGUCGUGUCAGCAGGAGGUCUCGCUGCUCGUCUGCCAGCCGCCGCUGGACAAUACGGCCCGGAAGUCGGCGCUCCUCAGCGCCGCCAAGAAGCUGCGCCUCAAGAGCAACCCAUCGCGCGUGCGCUUCGCGGAGGGCGUCGUCGUCAACGGCCAGUCGAACCUGUCGCCGUUCUCCUCCGAGGAGUCGUGCAUCCCGUUCAUGCCCAACGUGCUGAAGGUCUUCCUGGAGAACGGCCAGACCAAGUCGUUCAAGUACGACUCGUCCACCACCGUCGAGGACGUGCUGGAGUCGCUGCAGGCCAAGCUCGGCAUCCACUGCGUCGAGCACUUCAGCAUCGUCGCCGAGCACGUCAACGCCGUGCGCAGAAACAAGCUGACGCUGCUGGACAACAAGGAGACGCUGGCCAGGAUUGCUGCCCGGCCCGGCGCCCGGCACCUGCGCUGUCUGUUCCGGGUCACGUUCGUACCCCGUGACGCCUACGAGCUGCUCCGCAAGGAUUCCGUGGCGUUUGAGUACCUCUACGUACAGUGCUGCACGGACGUGGUGCAGGAGCGGUUCGCACCCGAGCUGAAGUACGACAUCGCGCUACGGCUGGCAGCGCUGCACGUGCACCAGCACGCGCUCUCCAACAAUCUGCAGGGCAAGAUCACCGUCAAAAACAUUGAGCGGGAGUUCGGCCUGGAGCGGUUCCUGCCCGUCUCACUGGUGGAGUCCAUGAAGCGGAAGGAGCUGCGGAAGCUGCUGGCGCACUUCCUGAAGCUGAACCAGAGUCUGGUGGCGCCCGGACAGAAGCAGUUGACCGCGCUGCAGGCCAAGCUGCACUACCUGAAGAUCAUCUCCGACCUGCCCAGCUACGGCGCCAAGUGCUUCACCACCAACAUCGGGGAGUCCAGCAUGGAGACGGUGAUCCUGGUCAGCCCCAAGUUCGGCAUCAGCCAGAUCAACAGCCUGAAGAGCAGCUCGCCGGUGGCGCUGUGCGAGGUCGCUGACCUGGCCGAGCUGGAGGUGACCCGGGAGCACGAGCUCUCGCGCCGCGUGGAGCUGAUCUUGAAGGAUCCGGAAAAGCCGAGGGUCGCGCUGAGCUUGGACGAGCGCGACGCCGCGGAGCUGGUGCUCGCCAUCGGCGGCUACUACCUGCUGGCGGCCGGCCGCUCGCUGCCCGUGCGCCAGGACCGCUCCGCCCAACAGGACGACACCGCGCCGCCGUACCACAGCACCCACGCGGUGGCGCCGUCGCCGUGGAGCUACACGGGCGGGCCGGCCGAGCUGCGGCCGGCCGACUUCUCGCUGCCGCCGCCAUACCGGGCGGCGCCCGAGCAGGCGGCCGCGCUGCUCAACGGCCACGCCUCGGACGAAGAAGCCGAGCAGGCCGAGCCCAGCCCGGCGGAGCGCCGCCGCCUCGCCUCCGUCGACAAAAACAUGAACAAAACGACGGAGACAAAUGCGAACCUCGCCGGCUUCGGUACGGUAAAUGGCAAACACGACUUCAUCCCGGGGGCUGGUGAAAAAGAAGAGGAUGAUGCCAGUAUUGCUGAAGCCAAAAACAAUGAGGUGAUCGAGCGGCUGGCAGGCAUGCGCCAGCUGGUGGCCGACGCCGAGAACUACCUGACCUCGUCGCGGCCCGAGGACGCCGAGUCGCUCCGCUCCGCGCUCUCGCUCUCGCGCUCCGAGUCGGAGACGGCAUUCGGCCCGCUGAAGCACAGCGACAGUCUGCUGCUCAUCUCGCAGACCUCCAAGGACCGCCUAGAUGGGGUGCAGGGAAUCAAGCUUCCAGACGUGGACCAUUCGGAGAGUGACACUGAUUCACUGUCCACGCCCACCGGGUCGCCCUAUCGGCGACCUAAUCAAGUACAGCCUCAGAAGGCGACCGCUGGAGGAGCCAGCUUCGGCUUGCAUAGUCCAGAUAACGUGUCUGAUGGGAAAUUGAAGGACGUACUGCAGAAGACGAACGGGGUCGGCGAAGCAGCCCUGCCCGACGGCGCCCUCUACCUGGACCCGGACAUCAUCGACCUCACUAUGAUCCCGCCGCCCAUGACACCGGACGAGGACGGUCCCGCGCGGAUCCCGCCCGAGCUUGUCGACCCCGCCGACGCCGUUCGCCGACCGCGAGACGCUCGAGGCCGAGCUGCAGGCGCUGGAGCGUGACCUCGGGGACCUGGACAGGGUCGGCGAGCUGGUGCGAGCUGCCGCCAUCAUAUCUCCCGAGGAUUCACCAAGCAGCGGGUUCAGCUCACAGCCGACCGGCUCCGAUAUCGACAGUCUGAUCGCCACCCUGACCAUGCCGCCGCCGCCCUCUGACC